UCCACACAUACAAAAGAGAGAGAGAGAGAGAGAGAGAGAGAGAGAGAGAGAGAGAGAGAGAGUGGCGUUUGCAGUGGAAAUGGAAAAUGGGAUACUGAAAGCAGAAGGUUCUCUUAGGUUCUUUGCUUUAGUGUUCUUAGUACUAACAGCUUGUCUGGUUAGACUAGACACACAAACAAAGUUUAUCAUUAUCUCCGAGAGGAAAGCAACUUACAAGGACAUGAAGGCAUUCGUGAUAUUUGUUACAGUGGAAUUUGCAGCUGCUGGGUUUCAUUUCCUUCAAUUAAGCAAAUGUUUAAUCAUUGCUUCGGUUGGGGGAAAAACAACUGGGUCUUGCCCCAAUCUGGCUUGGCUUUCUUUCUUCUUAGACCAGAUAGUCACAUAUGUGAGCUUUGGAACAUUCUCAGCGGCAACUCAGGCUUCAGUUCUUGCCAUCAGCGGAGAGAGUCAGUUGGAGUGGACAAAGCUGUGCGACAGAUACACAAGAUUCUGCUACCAGAUCGGCGGUGCCCUCUUUUGUGGACUAGUAUCUUUGGUCGUUAUGGCUGUGAUAACUUCAAUAUCCUCCUUCAAUCUUUUCAGGCUCUAUUCACACAAGCAUUUCCUUAUCCUUAAAGGUCGAUAAUGGUUUUAUUGUCAUUUAUAAUUUCUUCUAUGUUAAAGAGUAUGUGAUUGUCCAUUAAAGAUAUGGAGUGACUUUCAAAGACUUAUUGUAUCAUUGUAUGCAUCUUAGAUUAUCUCUUCUGUUUUGCAACAAGAAUUGAUUGUGAUGCAGCCACGUUAGAAGCAAUAGAUCGAGAUGUAAGUUUCUUUAA